UGGGCGGUCAUCUCUCGGGCUGUGAGAGCUUGAACCUCUGUGGACCCUCGGUUUAACCCUCUGGUGGGAUUAUCCAGCAGACCGGUGGUUACCUGCGCACAGCGAGGGCAGAAAGUAGUGCGCAAUUCGGCACAAAGAGGUUAAUCUAGCUGGCUCCUCCCAGCGUGGCCCUUCAUCGAAUUCAUAAUCACACCACCUUCGGCUCUCUUUAAAAAGGGGGAGGGCUGCUCGGAGCCGCAGACCAGCCGGAGGAGCUGUCUCUUUUACGCGUGGUGCUGAAGUGCCACCCUGCGCAUCAUGUGGUCGGUCUUCUUUGUCUUUCUGUCCUACUUGGACAGAAACGUGGUCAGGGGGGACUUCUUGAGGAGCGCCUUGGAGGCAGAGAAGGAGAGCAAGGAGACGUUCUCCGUAAUAAACGGCACCUUCUGCGCAAAGAUGUCCAUGGUGGGGGAGAAUUUCCUCUACCAGGUGUCGGACGGAGCGGAGGUGGUGCGCACCAUGGUCAGCCCCGCGGGCAAGCUCGUGAACUGCUCAGUCACAGUGAACCUGAUGCAGGUGAAGUCGUUCAUGCACGAGUGCAGAUUGGGGCUGCUGGAUCACAGAGGGGGGCAGCUGGCGGACGCGCGCUUCGCACGCAUGGAUGAGAGCAAAGGGAUGUGCCGGGAGUUCAAGAGCAGAGCGGCGAGGCGGAAUGAGAGCGCAAGGGCUUUAAGGAGAUCCAAGAGAGGCUUUACUUACCCCGGCACCCUGUGGUGUGGAGCGGGCAACAUGGCAGACCACUACAACCAGCUUGGAGAGUUCGCGCAGACGGACAGCUGCUGCCGCACGCACGACCACUGCCAGCAUGUCAUCCACCCCUUCUCCUCCAACUUUGGAUACACCAACUUCAAGUGGCACUCCAUCAGCCACUGCGACUGUGAUGAGGCACUGAAAGAAUGCCUGAGGAAAGUCAACGACACAUCAUCCAGGGUUGUUGGUCAGGCGUUCUUUAACGUCCUCACUGUUCCCUGCUUUGAGUUUGCCUAUGAGGAGCAGUGUGUGGAGCGGCACUGGUACGGCCUGUGUAAAGGAUACAAGAAGCUUCCCGUCGCUGUCCUCAAAGAGUCGACGCCGUACGACUUUGGAGGUAUCCAGGUCAUAGACGAGCUGACGGUGGCUCCUCCCAAGAAACACGAUGGCGACGAGAAACCCGAGAGCACGUCCCAGUCCUCGGUGUCAGAGCCUUCUCUAAGAAACGUGGUGACAGCAGCUGAGGAUUUCAUCAAGGUGCUUGCGACGGUCUCCACAUCCCAGAGCUCUCCGGUGGACUCUGAGAAGGACGAGGCGCAGAGCUCAGAGAAGAAGAAGAAAAAGAAGAAAACGGGGAAGGAAAAGAAAACUGGCAAAAAGCAGAAAGGGAAGAGUAGGAGGAGAAAGCAGAAGACAGCCGUGGGAGUGAAAGCAGAGGAAAGAGCUGUGGUUGCAUCACCAGGCACCAAAACGGAGGAAGUCUUGACUUUGAGUAACUUUAUCAGUGAGUCGCACACACAAACAAAAAUCAACAGCUAUGACACCAGAGGAAACGGCGAGCACUCCAAUGACGUCAUGAAAGAUGAGCCAGAGAAACCUCAGGAUGGGGUUUCAGCUCAUUUGCGUGUCCAAGAGAAACCGGCCGACUCUGGCGAGAACAAAGACGUCGCUCUAACGCCCAGCACAGUUUUUGUUCUAAGUGACGCAAAAACCGAGCAAGGAACGUACGAGGGAGUGAAGAUUAAUCCAGAAGAGAAAACAGGUGUUGCUUCUGUUCCACCGACAACUUUACAACCUGCAAGGCAUAGCGUUCUCAGUACUGAUGAAAGCCUCACUGCAAUCCACAAGGUCAGACGAGAAAGGUUAAAGGUCAGAGGGGGCAGAGAGUCAAGGAAGAGCAGGAUCAAAGUCAGCUCUGCAGCUGAACAACACGGUUUUAACCUGAACGCCAUCCUAUCGACCACGUUGAUCCCUCCUUCCGACCCGAAUCUUGCCCACCAAACAGACACUAGCAGAGGGAAAAUCCAAGUUACCGCCCUCAGCUCCAGCUUGAGAGUUCUGAAAAAGCAAAGGUCCAAAGGCAGAGAACCCAGAAACAGGCGAAGGAAAACAAUUCUUCCCACCACGAGUGAAAAUCCGGAUUUUUCUCUGAGCCGCUUUGGAGACUUGCCCACAGUUCUCACAACUCCAAACGCACAGCUUGCACCAAGCCCGCCUGUGAAGGCCACAGAAACCGAAACUCCAAAUAUCUUUACAACAGCGGCCCCAACUGUCAAUGUAAACCUCCAUCGACAACAAAACCGACAUCAGAGGAAAUCGAGGAAGAAAGCUGAAGGGGGGAUUUCUGUCCCCAAACAAACUGAAGAAGUGACUCCGGCAGCUUCGCCAGACAACGCCAUCGCCACUGAAAAGUCCUCAGCAGACCCACCCAUGAGUCUUCUGCAGCUAUCCAUGGAAAGAGCAAGAGCGCAAUUCAACAGGAAGAAAAGAAGAAAAGCAGCACAGUCUAGCCGGCAGCAGUGAUCCUCCAGCUCAGAUGCAUCAAAACCAAAUCAGAAGAUGUAACCUUAGAAACCAGCUCCUGCUGAUCACUAGACUGAAACCUAAAUGUGACUCAGAAUCAUGUUCAUUAUCUGUUUGUUUGUAUGACAAUAAAAAAUUGAAAUGAUUGUUAACACUUCUGUUUCGUUUAAUAAGCACUAAAAAGUAUACACAUAAUAGUUUAUCCUAAGAACAUGACUAAAGAGAUUUUUUUUUCAAUUACAGAAGAGAGGGGAAAAAAAUAAUCUAAAGAAAAAUAUCUCCAACUUAUUGAUUUGUAGACACAAAGCAGUUGGCUCUAUAGGGAAUCUGCUGUUCUGGGCAAAACUUUGCAGUUUUAUAUUUUUGUUCAGAUAAAUAUAACUGUCCAGUACCACA